CCAUCAGGUGGCGCAAAGGCAUAGAUGUGACGAAUUUGUAAGAAUUAAGUCAUUUAUUUAUUUACAUAGCCAAAAAACGGACAGCCCUCUGAGGACAACCCAUUUAAAAGAUGACUGUGAUGAAAAACAAUAAUUAGUUCCUCAGUUAUUAUUUGAAGAGCUUUUACAGAGCGAAUGUUUGAUGGAACUAUAAAAGAUUUUGAAGGCGAAUUUUAACGGAGAAUUAUUAGGGCAGACGGUCAGUGAUCUUCUGUGUGCGGAUGCACUGCGCGUUUCGCUUUCUGAUGAGGCAUCCUCGGCUCUUCAACACACAGAUCCUGUAAAGAUGGAGUUUGGCGAGAGGAAAAGAAGAAGGAAAUCUCAGAGCUUCAAACUGGUCCAUGAGCAUGAGCAAGAUUUUGACGCAAGGAGUUUUGACAAUGCCGUCAAUAUACAUGUCAAUGGAGCAUCAAAAGAGACUGCCAUGCCAGAAGCCUGGUUGGGUGAUGAGGGUGUGGAGAUUAAGAGACAGAUCACAGGCAUGAUGCGUUUGCUGAGUGACAAGGCCGGCCGGAUGUACCAGCGUGUGGGAGCAGAGGGAAACAGCCUCAAACAGGAGCCCCAGGAGGAGCACCUGAGCUGGGCGCAGCCGGCUGCUUUGCCCCCAGACCUGGAGGACCCCCAGAUCAGUGUCUGGAGCUCAGCAGGGGAAACAGAGCCCAGUCCCAUGUCUAUACACAAUCCAGUCCCCAACGGCCAGGGGUCUGGCCAAUACGGCACACGCUCCAAGACCCAGAGGAUGCUCAACACAACCACCAAAGGCACAGUCAAAACUAAUGAUGUGGCUCCUGCAGUGGUAGAGGCUCCCUGCUGUAUGUGUAACUGUAAGAGCACCUUACAGGCCAUUCUACAGGAGCUACGCACCAUGAGGAGGCUAAUGCAGACACAGAAAGGUUCCCAGGAGAAGCAGGAGCACAGGGCCCCUCCCUGCCCCCCUUGCCCUGUCCCUACAGCUCCGCGUCGCAGACCCCGCAAGAGACGUCCUGUACACAAAGUUGCUCCACUGAGCGCACCCAGCAAGAGGGCAGCUGUUCCCCCUCUCCCCCCCUCAUCCCCUGCCUGUGUACCCCUGGAGUCCGGGGGAAGGAGGGAGAGGGGGAGCAGAGAGCUGGAGAGACCUGUGCACACCCCUGCCUCACCCUCUACCUCCACCUCACCCGAGCUCUCCAUUCAAACCCUGUCCAUGCAGAACAAGCCCAUCCCUGGUGACGACACACACAAUCCUAACUAUAGACAACCCAAAGGUCUUCAAUCCUCAGAGAGUGAGGUGCGUCUAGCGGAGGACUAUGAGGUGUUUAUUCCCAAGGCCCAGCUGGACUCAAUCCUGGUCAACUACACACGCUCUGGAAGCCUGCUCUUCAGGAAGUUGGUGUGCGCCUUCUUUGACGACACCACACUAGCUAACUCACUGCCCAAUGGCAAGAGGAAGAGAGGUCUGAACGACCAAAGGAAAGGACUGGACCAGAACAUUGUGGGAGCCAUUAAAGUGUUUACAGAGAAGUACUGCACAGCUCACAGAAUAGAGAAGCUGCCAGGCCCUCGAGAUUGGGUCCAGAUACUACAGGACCAGAUCAAACUUGCCCGCAGACGACUAAAGAGAGCAGAGGCUACAGACCCUCAGGACAUCUUCAACAGACCGUGCACAGAAUCUCUUCAGCUGUCUGGAGAGAGGGAGGAGAGGGAGUUUCUAACUACAGGCUGUGACUACAACAAGCCAGCAUGUUUGGUUAAGGUGGGGAAGAAUGUGACUGAUUGAUUCCGGUGCUGUGAAUCAACAACUUGCAAUGAAGAUACAACGCACUGUACUUUAUGUCUUUGUUGCUCCACUAACUUGAUGCGUUGUGCCACUUUAGAAAGUCCAUUUUGGAAGAUGUAUUGUUCUUUUACAGCUAUGUCAAAAUUGUAUUGUGGUUGUAGAGAAAAAAACGGAACAGUGACCAAAAUAAGUUGGUUAGUGAAAUGUAGUUAGUUUCCAUGGACUGCUUUGUUUUACAUAUCCGCACCACAUGCACACACACAGACACACACAGAAAUACACACACACACACACCAGUCUGACCAGUAUAGACUAGCUGGUUCUGCUGGCUGACCAGCAAAGUCUAGCUAGUUAUGCUGGAAGACCAGCAUGGUCUAGCUGGUCUGACCAGCAUGGGCUAGCUGGUUAUGCUGGCAGACCAGCCUUCGUUGUGUUUUCACUGGUGACCUACCUGCAUUGUGUUUUUGCUGGUGACCAGCCUUCGCUGUGUUUUCGCUGGCAGACCAGCAUCUGUUGUGUUUAUGCUGGUGACCAGCCUUCGUUGUGUUUUUGCUGGUGACAAGCCUUCGUUGUGUUUUUCGCUGGUGACAAGCCUUCGUUGUGUUUUUCGCUGGUGACCAGCCUUUGCUGGGUUUUGGACACUGGUGAUCAUUGAAAAACAUGCUAGCAGAUACCCAGAGACAUAAAAACAGUAUCCACAAGUUCAUCUGACUCUGGGGAAGUAGAUAAAGGGGCUCAUUGCCAAAAUUUUCACGUAUCCCUUUUCACGUAUCUUGUUCGAAACAAGAUUCAUGUUAGAAAUGAGAGGAUUGUCCAGAGUCGAGGUCAUAUGGGAAACACUCCCAGCAACAAGCAAAUGGGCCUCCCCACCAUAGACCAGGGGUCAAAUCCGACUCCACCCUUAAUGCUAUGUGUCUGUCUAAGUAAUGCAAAAAAUACUAAAUGUAGAAUGGAAUUCCACUCUCCAUAAAGAGAGUGCAGGACUUUUUUUUGCUUUAUUGCAGGUAUAUUUUUUUGAAUUUACUCUGGCCUUGGCAUGUGUGCUCUAGCCAAACGCUUGCAGAUACAGUGUGGGUAGGCUGUGCGGUGGUCUACAUGAUGAGAUUAUUAUGAAUAAGAGCGAGAAUAUAUUUUUGGGUCAAAUGGCAGUCAAGCAUCAAUCAUCAUGUCACCUGAAUAAUACCCUCAAUAUUUAUUGUAAAGGUGCAUCAAUAUCACUGUUCACUUUCACCACCCUGUGAAGUUCAUCAUAACCUUUUUGAUCUGUAGCCUAAUAAACUGCAUGGUUUCCCGAGUCAUAUUGGGAGGACUACACACCAUAUCAUCUCAUGACUGAAGUUUACUUCGAAAUGAUGGUUAUCAUAUCAAUAUUUGCGCAUAAAGGCAAUUCCAACACAACUUCUUGCAUAGUAAAUUUUACCAACACAAAAAGAUUCCACCAUGUCGAACGAACAAAUGAUCUGUCAGCAUUUAUAAAAUUGUACUGAAACUACCUGUUUUCAUCACAGCUGACGUGAUUAUUUUUUUAAAUAUGGUAUGACUUUACCCACAUUAAAACUGGAUGGAAAUGUGGUAACUGACAGUCACUCAAUUAUCCCAUGUCAACCAACAUUUUUUAGACUGCUAAAUUAGUCUAGCCAGCUAUCUAAACUUAGUAAUCAUGGUUGAAUUACAUGAUUUUGUUUAUCACUCUCCCUCAGAUAUCAUAUUAAAAACGGCAAACAUUUCUCUCCACCCUAUGGAAAAAUGUGAAGAUUUGCAGGAAAUUAGCUGUUAAAUUGUAAAAUAUUUUAUAUGACCAAUGGAAAAAUAUGUAGAGUGGCAAAAAAUUAUUUCAGGACAUUAACUUCUGUUUUUUUUCUCCUGUCCAGCGGGGACACUAUAAUGUUAGGGCUGGCUUUGACUGCAUAUGUGGGUAUGGAUGUGGUUACGCAGACCCGCAAGCCACUGUGGGCCCCUCAUGAUGAGUUCAGAUUUUUUUGUGGCCCCCAUCCCGACCCAAAGUUGCCCAUCCCUGGUUUAGGUAGUUUCCUUUGUCCAAUUCUCCCUACCUUGGCAGUCAUUCUAAAUGCAGGUUGAGCAUUCCAAUUGCUGGGUAUUACAUAUCACUUUGCAAGACAGCAUAAUGUGACAUGCCUGUUGUGCCUGUUGUGGCCUGCAAACCAGGAGUUUCAGACCACUGUGUAAGGGUAAAACUAGGCUGUUGAGGUAUAGCCUUAUGAUACCGUAUGUAAUGUAUUGUCAUGAAGGGUAACAUUUUAAGGAUACUAUAUUCACUUAGGCACUCACUUGGUGAAAGCUACUGGUUUGAUAAGAAUUAAAUGCAAAACCAUGUUUCUGUCACUAGCUAACACAGUCACGGUGACUCACGGGUGGUAAUUCCAAUGUUCACUAACUGGCACUCUGGGAUAUAUCCAGAUAUUUGCCCACAUUUGCAUAUAUCCCAGUGUGCUAAAUGCAUUAGCUCCAGUAAAUGUAAAUUGCACAAUUAUAAUACAAUUCAAGUUUGACCAUUUUUAAAAUUCCAAUUCCAUUCAUUGGGAUGUUUUUAUUUUCCAAUUCAAUUCCAAUUCCAUUCCAAGGAUGGUUUUGUUCUUCAAUUCCAAUUCAAUUCAGACAGUCUAAAUCCAAUCUAAUUCCAUUCCAAGGUUCAUGUUCAAUUCCAAUUCCAAUUCAGACAAUCCAAAUUCUUAUUUAAAUCAAAUUAAGUUGUUUGAAGAUUGCUGCAAUUCCAAGUAAAUUCUGUACUUCCUGCUUGAAUUCGAGAAUUGAAUUUGAAAUACAAUUGGAAUUGACCCCAACCCUGCUGGUCACCAGCGAAAACAAAACGAAGGCUGGUCACUAGUCUGUGCUGGUCUAUGCUGUUUUUUUCAGCAGGGUUGUUGUCUCUUUAUGACUGUUUAUCUGAAAACAAAGGUGGAUAACUUCCUGGUAACUCUUUGUUUUGCACUUGUAAAGUCCCUCAGUCCUACAAUAUAAAUACAACAUCUCUUCCAGGUGACAUCUUUGAACUUAUGAACCUCAAAUGUACGGAUUGCGCCUUUUAAAAUAGUUAUGGUUUUGUAUACCAUGUAGACUGUAAUGUGUUGUCUUAAUGGCAUUCUAACCUGCCACUCACUAUGCACCUCAGUGCCAUUUAUGUUAUUAAUGUGACCAAUAGGACAGUACUGUUUUUAUUUGUGUUCACUGUGCCACCUGCCAACACCUUCAUGUAAGGCUCCUUUGUGUACAUGUACAGUUGACUGUGUAUAAUACAUAUUAAACUAAAUAUGAUCUGA